CAUUUGGUUUUUAGUAUUAAAACAAUGUUUUGAAAGACCAUUAAAGGUAGUGAUGAUCCAGAGCAGGUACAUAAUUGUUUUUUUUCCUGUGGUUCUCUGCACUCCCUCAAACACCGCUUUUAUCCAAAGCCAUUCACAUACACUUCCCCAAAUUACUCAUAGGAGGCAAGGCUGCCUGUCUGCAGUGAAGGUGUGGCCUGUCACGUUGAAUCAGAGCAAAACAUCCAGCACAGGGGAGUAUUAACCCGAGACAGCUAGUCUUGAUAUUUCCUGUAAAUGAGAAUUUCCCAAAUAUAUCUAAUCUUGCCCUGUCACCAUUGAACCUCCUCCUAUUUCUUUUUAAUAACUACUUUUCUAAGUUAUUAGGGUUUUUAAGUUUGAUUAGUUAAGUUCAAUAAUUCCUUCCUGCCUAUAGUUAUCUGCAUAUAUAAAACAUUCCAGAAUAAGGACAAUUUACCUUUCCCACACUAUACAUCCAUUCAAAAUAUAAGUUGCACCUCUUAAAGCCACAGUUCAGAAUGAAAAUGCUUCAUUUCAAGAAAUUAUUAAGCAAAUAAGCUUCAUAGACCAGAAGUAAUAACAUAAUAGGCCAGCCGUUGCAUACAGAUAUGUGAGAUUUUUUUCCUGAAAGUUACCACUUUCUCUCUUAAAGUGUGCACUGCUCUAAGUUUUAUUAAUUGCAUUUUAGUAACAUAAAGUUGUUUGAUUUACAAUGCAGACUACUACACAGUGUCUCUUAUAUUAUUAAAAUUGAGCAUUCUGACUUCCCAGUGUACCAUUCUACAUUGUCUUCCACAUAAUACAUCAUCCACUCCCAACCAGAUGAGUUCUCCCUCCAACUACAUUUAAGUAAAAAGUGAAAUAAGCCUGUUAAGUAGUUAAGCGAUUGGCAUAUCAUAGGUUAAGAGAACAUUAGCCAUCACUGUAAACCACACACAAUAUAUAGGUGUCAUUUUACUGUGGCAGUUUGAUUUCCUAAAAGAUAAACCCUGAAUAAAUUUGUUUAGUAAAAUGGAACUUUCAAAAUCUUUAGAGAGCUCAUUCAUUUUUUUGGUGAUUUUCAGUAAAGUUGACCUUUUUAUUCUGUGUUUUCAGGAUAUUAUCAACUCACUAGUAACAGCCAUAUUCAUGAUAAUCAUAUCUGUGUUGGCACUGAUUCCAGAAACCACAACAUGUUCAAUCUUUGGAGGGGUAAAUGGAAGUCUUUCUGCAAUGUGCUGCAUCGCCGACAGAGCCCUUAUUUACCAGAAGCUUCUAUUUAAUCGUGGUCCUUAUCAGAAAACUGCUAUUCAUGACAAAAUAUAAAUUCUGUAAUUUUAUCUUCCU